AUGUUGCGGCGGGGACUGCUGACCUGGGCGUCCCGCCUCGGCGCCGUCCUGGUGCUCCUGUGCUGUUCGCUAUCCCUGCUGUACCUCAUGAGGUGCAGCCCCCCUCAUUCCGACAGCCCCCCGCUGAGCAAUGUGCUGCCCCACGCCGGGUCCAGCCACCCCAGCCUCGGAGGCCCAGGGACGGGGGUUGGAAAUGGGCCGGGUGGGCCGGGAAUAGCCGGGGGAUCCCAGAGCGGGGGCCAAACCGGGGUCCACCCUUACCAGGUGCUCCUCCAGGAGCGCGAGGACCAGCACCACCGCUACAUCUCCUCCCUAAAGAGGGAGAUCGCGCAGCUGAAGGAGGACCUGCAGGAGCGCAGCCAGCAGCUGAAGAGCGUCCAGGAGACCCUGAGAAGAUCCGGUUCCCCCGGGGAGGCCCAGUCAAACCGAGGAGGAGCAGACGUCCAGGGCGCCAGGAGCCAGCAGAACGAUCUCCAGGAGUUCCUGAAGGGCCAGCUGGCCAAGGCGGAGGUGGGCACUGGCGCCCGGCUGCCCAGCGAGUACGCGGUGGUGCCCUUCGAGAGCUUCACCCUGCAGAGGCUCUACCAGCUGGAGACGGGGCUGACGCGCCACCCCGAGGAGAAGCCCGUGAGGAAGGACAAGAGGGACGAGCUGGGGGAGGUGCUGGAGGCGGCCCUGCACAGCCUCAACGCGCCCUCCUCCCAGCCGGAGCGGCCGGGGGAGAACGCCGGGACGGGAAAAGUCUACAAACCAUCGGACUUCGUGGAAGGAAUCCGUCCCUUUGAGAGCAGGAAUUCUGGGUUUGAGGCUGAUGUUCAUGUUCAGGUUCCCUCCCUCCCGGCAGGCAUCACCCGGACGGAGAAGGACAAAGGCUCCCUGUACGAGCUGACCUUCAGGGGGGAGUCGGCAGACCAGUUCCGGCGCCUGGUCCUCUUCCGGCCCUUCGGGCCCCUGAUGAAGGUGAGCAGCGAGAGGGUGGACACCGCCCGCGUGCCCAUCAACGUGGUGGUCCCGCUGUCCGGGCGCACCGACAAGUUCCGACAGUUCAUGCACAACUUCAGGGACGUGUGCGUGCGCCAGGACGGCCGUGUGCAUCUGACCGUGGUGUAUUUCGGGAAAGAGCAGAUGGAUGAAGUCCGCAGCACCUUGGAGAACACCUCCAGGUGGGUUCGAACCCCCCUUCCUCCUCCCCCCAACCCCCCCUCAAACACCUACACCAGUCCAGUAGCCGAUCCAGAGUCGGGUCAGCGGACUGAGCCAGAUUCCCCGGAGGGGUUGCCAUGGCGACGCCUGUCGAUUUCCCCCAGCCUCGGAGGUCUCUGUGUGUGUGUGGCCCUGAAUGAGCCCGACUGUCUCCGGGAGGCGCAUUUCAAGAACUACACGCUCCUGCAGCUGGACGAGGAGUUCUCCCGGGGACGGGGGCUGGACGUCGGGGCUCGGGCCUGGAAGGGAGGCAACGUGCUGCUCUUCUUCUGCGACGUGAUAAAGAAAGACACGGGCUUCUGGAGGGAUUUUGGUUUCGGCAUGACCUGCCAAUACAGGUCCGACUUCAUCAACAUAGGGGGGUUCGACAUCGACAUCAAAGGCUGGGGAGGCGAGGACGUGCACCUGUACAGGAAGUACCUGCGCAGCGGGCUGCUGGUGGUGCGGGCGCCGGCGCGCGGCCUCUUCCACCUCUGGCACCCCAAACGCUGCGCCGACGAGCUCCCGCCCGACCAGUACCGCAUGUGCAUGCAGUCCAAGGCCAUGAACGAGGCGUCCCACGGCCAGCUGGGGAUGCUCUUCUUCAGGGGCGAGAUCGAGGCCCACCUCCGCCAGCAGAAGCCACAGCAGCCACCCAAAAAGACGCAGAGCUAG